AUGCCGCAGGGAUCUUUUUCUCUAUCCGGAUUCAUGGGUGGUCAAUUGAGCAAAAAAGCUGAAAAGGGUUCUCACCCACAGCUGGAAAUGAUCUCAGAUUCGCAGGUUACGCCGGAUCUGAGCUCAUACGAGGCCGCAUGUAGAGCCGAUCCAGACCUUCAAUCCUUCGAUUGUACUCUCCAGCAACGCACCAGCCGAGUUAUCAACACUCUUGCCAAUGGCGUCGAGGUUCGAUCUCUUACCCUAGACUCUCUCGGAGAAGUCACCGAGUGUUUACUUGAAAUGAAUCAGGAAGUGGUGAAAAUAAUUUUAGAUAGCCAGAAAGACAUUUGGAAAAACCCAAAACUUUUUGAUCUAGUUGAGCUCUAUUUUGAUAACAGUCUUAAAACUCUAGAUUUCUGUACUGCACUCGAAAAACGUCUCAAACGAUCUCUCGACAGCCAGAUUAUUAUUGAACUCGCAUUGAAACGAUUCGAGAAAGAACAUAGAGAAGGGUCACAUAAUGUAGAAAAUUCAUUCUCCAAGACUUUACAAGAAUUGAGAAAUUUUAAGGUUGCGGGUAACCCAUUUGACGAUGAAUUUCUCUUGUUGUUUCAAUCAGUUUACAAACAACAAUUGAUUAUGCUACAAAAGUUGCAAGUUCAAAAGAGUAAACUUGAUAAAGAACUGAAGUCUGCGAAGACAUGGAGGAAGGUGUCAAAUGUAAUUUUUGGGGUUACUUUUGUGGCAGUGUUGAUUUGCUCGGUGGUGGCAGCGGCAAUUGCAGCACCACCAGUGGUGACAGCAUUGGCAGCUGCAGCAUCUGUGCCAUUGGGGUCAAUGGGUACAUGGAUUAAGUCGAUUUGGGAUAAGUAUGAGAAUGAAAUCAAAGGGGAAAGAGCGAUAAUUAAUUCACUGGACAUUGGGACUUAUGUUGUGAUAAAGGACUUGGAUAGCAUAAGGGUGCUUGUGGAUAAGUUGGUAAUUGAGAUCGAGUCGUUGUUGCAGAAGGCAGAAUUUGGUCUCAGUGAAGAGGAGGGUGUGAUGUUGGUGGUCGAUGAUAUAAGGAAGAAGCAGAGUGUGUUUAUGCAAAUCAUUGAGGACUUGAGCCAGCGUACUGCAACGUGUAGCCGUAAUGUAACGAGGGCUAGGACGAUGAUCAUGCACAAGAUUAUCAACAAUCCUAGCAGUAGUACUAGCUGCUGAAUUAGUACUUUGGUAUGCUCUACUGCUGAUAAAGACCUUGUUUGUGAUCUCAUUUUAACUUUUAUAUUCUCAGUUGUAAAAAUUUUAAUUCAAGAAUGUUAAAAAUUAGAUGGUAAACAAGACAAAAAAAUUUAUCGAUAGAGACG